AUGUUUAAGAAAGCUUUGCCAUUAGUUACUCAACUUACUACCCCAAGAGGUAUCACUUACAACCAACCAUUGGGUUUGUUCAUCAAUAACGAAUACGUUCUUCCACAAGCCAACAAAACCUUUGAAGUUAUUUCUCCAUCUACUGAAGAAAAAAUCACUGAUGUUUAUGAAGGUUUAGCUGAAGAUGUUAAUACCGCAGUUGACGCUGCCAAAGCAGCUUAUGACAAUGGAUGGGCUCUUGGUCCACCAGAAGAAAGAGCAAGAGUUUUGUUCAACUUGGCUGAUUUAGUCGAAGAGAAUGCAGAAACUUUAGCUCAAAUUGAAACUUGGGACAAUGGUAAAUCAUUGCAAAAUGCUAGAGGCGAUAUCGCCUUAACUGCUGCUUACUUUAGAUCAUGUGGUGGUUGGGCUGAUAAAAUCACUGGAAGCCAAAUCAACACCGGAAGUUCUCAUUUCAAUUACACUCAAAGAGUCCCAAUGGUCUGUGGUCAAAUGUAUGUAUAA